AUGCUCCACUCUGGGCCUCCUCAUGACUCAAAUUUUGGCUACGCACAUGCGAAACGCAUGAUCGAUGUAUCGAACCGAGCGUACAAAGCCCAGUACGGUUGCAACUUUACCGCCGUUAUCCCGACCAACGUCUACGGGCUUCAUGAUAAUUUCCGGGAGGGCUGCCAUUUCAUACCUGGUAUCAUAAAGAGAGUCCAUGACGCGAAAGUGAGGGGCGAAUCAACCAUUCAUGUUCCUGGCACUGGCGCAGCUUUAAGGCAGUUCAUCUACUCUCGUGAUCUCGCCGCACUCAUCGUCCGGACCCUUCGAGAAUACAACUCCUGCGAGCCACUCAUCCUUUCAGUGGGCGAAGAGCACGAGACCUCCAUUUCGGACACUGUCAAGCUUGUCUGCGCUCUGAGUGGCUUCAAGGGAGAGAUCAUGUGGGACGACUCGAAGGCCGACGGACAGCUGAAGAAGACCGCAGACAAUUCUAAGAUGCGGAGUCUGAUGGGCGAUUUCGAGUUCACCCCUUUAGAACAAGGCCUCCGUGAGACCAUCCAGUGGUAUGAUGCAAAUGCCGACAAUGCUCAAGCCAAGGAGCAAAUCAUUCUGUAA